ACGGCCAUCUUUAAUUUGAAAUCAUUCAUGAAAAAGUUGUUUGGCUCAUGUAAACACGCCGAACGACACAUUUGCGCACAAAGCGGAAUCGACGGCGCCGUGUGCAUGUAGUUUCCAGCGACAGGCUCCACACAGAGCAGAGCAGAGCAGAGCAGAGCAGAGCAGAGCAGAGCAGAGCAGCAGGCUGUCCGCCGAGAUUAAGUAAACACCGAAAGCGAUGAGAAAGAAGCAGACUGCCAAACAGCGGAAGACCGAGGAGACCACAGUUGUCCAGGAGUUUGUGGUUGAAAAAAUAAUCCGCCGCAGGAUAUCUAAUGGAAGAGUGGAGUACUUUCUGAAGUGGAAAGGCUUCACCGAUGCAGAAAACACAUGGGAACCCGAGGACAAUCUGGACUGUCCUGAACUCAUUGAAGAGUUCCUGAGAAACACCCAUUUAUCAGAAGAGAAUGAGGAAGAGCAAACUGAACAAGAGUUUGUUCCCAAAGAAGAAAUGACAGAGCAAGAGACGGAAAUUUCUCAGCGGCAGACUCACACUUUGCAGAGCGACAGCAACGUCCUCGAGCCAAAUGACAAGCAGUCAGAUGCACCCACUAACCUCAGCACUUACCUCGAGCCUGAAUGCAUCAUCGGCUCCACAGACAGACAGGGAGAGCUCAUGUUCCUCGUCAAAUGGAAGAACUCUGAUGACGUGGCCCUACUGCCUGCCCGUGAAGCGAGCGCCAGGUGUCCCCAGGUGGUCAUCGACUUCUAUGAGCAGAAGCUGACCUGGCACUGUGGAGACGAGGAGCAGUGAAGUGUGUGUGUGUGUGUGUGUGCGUGUAUGUAUGUAUGUACGGAGAAAAACUGGUAAACAGCUGCGCUCUCACCUGAAGCUUAGUUUAACCUCCAUCGAGUUUCCUCCUUCAGCUGACAUUAGAGGCACACUGUGAAAUUACAUCCCGCUGCAGGUGGAGCUUCAGACUCUGGCAGGUGCAAGAACCUCAGCGGAGAUGGAUUUUAAGGGCUCUCAGUCCCGUGGUGCUCAAUAAAGGUCACUGUGCCUUUGCAGAGACUGCGAUGGAAAUUAAAACUAACCUUUAUGUGGCGCAGCUGAUUUGAGGUCAGACUAACCUGUAGCAGCUUUGGUUUUGUGUCAUGUAGCUGACACAAUCACUGUGGACAUGUUUUGUUUCUAAAAUGUGUUGGUAUAUAGUAGUUGGUUAUAUAUAGUCCUGUUUAGCCACAAGGAUCUUCCACUGGGGGAGGUCUUUGGUUGUUUAGUGUGUGCUUUAUAUCUUGUAUAGCGACACUGUGUAGGACAGACUGCUGUCCAAUCUGUACCUCCAGUCCAUCUAGUUUUCAGUUAGAGCUGAAGAUUGUAGACAUAUUGUUUGAACAUUUGUUGUUUGAAUCUGUGUUGUGUGGGUUGUUUCUCUGUGUGACCCUUGCAGUUGAUGUAAAGUAUUUUAAAAUGUUGCCCACCAUAAAUUUCCCCAAUCAGCUGCUAUGUACCAAAUGUUCUCAUCUGUAUUGAAUUAUAACAAUUUUUUAAAAGAAUUAUUUGUUGCUUUUAAACAAAGUGAAGUCCUGGCAGAAUUACUCAAUAGAUCAUAAUGUAUUAAGUAAAUCAAUUAAGAUUUACGUACAUUGAAAAAAUAAUGUUUGUGCAUCUAACAAUGGCUAAAUGUAGCACUUUAAAUAUGAGACUGUCCAUUAUGGAGGGCAUUGUCUUCCAAUAAUUAUACAGGCUUAUGUACAUGAUAUCUGUAUCCUGAUGGCACUGUCCUGACUCAACAUAUCUCCCAUGACCGUUAUGGGACACUCAGCUGAACCGUCAACCUCCUUAAACACACCUGCUACUGAACUACUGUAACUGUUGACCAUGGAUCUGUGAAGUCUCUGUGAAUAAAGGAAACCUUUUGUGAUA